AUGAAUCAUAUCCCUAUUUAUUAACGUGCCCAACAUUUGAUGAAGGAAAAACAAGAGAAAAUUGCAGAGUAUAAGAGAUAGAAAGAGUUGAAUGAAGAAUAGGAAUGCAGCAAAUAUUCAUUUCGACCAAAUAUCCAUAAGGAUAGAGAACAUCGAACAGUUGAUCAAUUUCUAGAAGAAGUCGACUAUUGGAUUGAGAGAAAGAAUGAACAAAUCCAUUUAAUGCAAUAAGAAAAGCAGUAGGAAGAAUCGAAAGGCCUGACAUUCAAACCAAAAAUUAAUUAGAAAUCACAACGAAUUAUUUCUGAUUAGAAUUCCUCAUUGCUUCAAAGAUGCCAAAAGAGUCAAAUUCAUAAAUAAAUAAAAGGAUAGCAUCACUUGAUUGAGGAAUUGAAAAAGACACCCUUCUGUCCCUAGAUAAAUUCAAAUUCCAUUAAAUUAGCAUGUCAAAGCAAAACACCUGAGCGCUCUAUCUCUCCAAAUCUGAAAUAGCAGUACACACCUCGAAUCAUAGGGAAAUCGACAUCAAGAACACCGCAAAGAACUGAAUAACGAAUUUCUACAUAGGCCACUACACCACUUCGAUAGAACUAAAAAGUAUCAUAUCAUAAGCCAACCAAAUCAAUGGCAAGUACAACCGUCAAUUCUAACAAUAAUAGUAAGAAAGCAGUAUUGCCCUUAUAAAAUGUGACAAAUCAUAUGAAAUUUAUAGUAGAUUUAGUUAAUAAGACUCCUCCAAAAGCUUUAUUUUGA